AUGUUUGACUCUGCGGUCAUUCAGACGAUUGGCAUCCGAAUCCAGCUUCUCUGGGUCAUCUGGUCUCAGAUUUUGGACAUGAUCUCGGUAGACCCUGUUCUCGGGACACCAGAUCCUCUGGACCUGUUUUAUUCUCAUCCUCUCAGGCUGGAAUUUAAUAAUCUGUGGAACAGAAAGUCUGAGAUCCCAAUGGAAGCAAUAGAUGAACGAACUGCCUCACGUCUGAACUCAGUAGAUUGCCUGGAGCCGGGCCCCACAACUUGGCUUUGCGGGAGCGGCGAGUCUCCCGCUCGGACCCCAUCCGUCCGCACCCACGCGCGCGCGGGGGCACCCCGGGGUGCGAACCGGCGUCCGGGCGCCAGGCGAUCGCCAGUUUUUCCCGCCGCGGCCGGCCGGUCGGUCGGUCUGUCUGUCGGUCGGUCUGUGCGCUCCGCUUUGUCCGGGCGGGCGUCCGGGGGGAGGCGGCGGCGGCGCGCGGGGGUCCGGGUCCCCCGCCCCCGCGGCGCGUCGGGGAGUCCGGGGCGCGCGGCGAUUGGCUGUCGGCGGCGGGGCGCGGGCGGCCCCAGAGCUUUGUCUGAGUUGGCCAGAAGUUGCCGAGCCGGGAGCCCCGGGAGUCGGCGCUGGCGGGGCGCUCGCGGCAGCUCAGCCGCGGCCCGCGCAGGGUGGGGGGCGCGCCCAGGAGGACCCCGGGACUCGGCGCCGCGCGGGCAGGUCUGCGUGCGGGAGGGAGACGCGGGCCGGGGCCGGGGCCGGGGAGGGGGGCGCGCCCGAAGUUGCGGGGCGCGGCGGCGGAGAACUUGGCGCGGGCGCGCGGGCGCAGGGGGGGGUGAGACCGGGGACCCCCCCGAGCCCCGCCACCACCCCCGGGCGGCGCCCCCCGAGCCCCGGGCACCCGGCGGCACGAUGCGCGCGCGCCUGCUGGCCCCGGCGCUCCUGCUGCUGCUGCUGCUGCUGCUGGCGCUCGGGCCCCGCGUCCUGGGCAAGAAUCUGAAAUACCGGAUUUACGAGGAGCAGCGGGUGGGCUCGGUGGUGGCCCGGCUGGCCGAGGAUGUGGCCGACGUGCUGCAGCGGCUGCCGAACCCCGGCGCGGUCCGCUUUCGGGCCAUGCAGCGGGGCAACUCGCCGCUGCUGGUGGUGGACGAGAGCAGCGGCGAGAUCAGCAUCGGCGCCCAGAUCGACCGCGAGCAACUGUGCCAGAAGAACCUGAACUGCUCCAUCGAGUUCGAUGUCAUCACGCUGCCCACCGAGCACCUGCAGCUCUUCCACAUCGAGGUGGAGGUGCUGGACAUCAACGACAACGCGCCCCGCUUCGCGCGCGCGCUCAUCCCGCUGGACAUCUCCGAGAGCGCGGCCGUGGGCACCCGCAUCCCGCUCGACAGCGCCUUCGACCCGGACGUGGGCGACAACGCGCUGCACACCUACUCGCUGGAGCCCAACGACUCCUUCGACAUCGAGGUGCGCACCCGCACGGACGGCGCCAAGUGCGCCGAGCUCGUGGUGGCGCGCGAGCUGGACCGCGAGCUGCAGGCCGCCUACGAGCUGCAGCUGACCGCCUCGGACCUGGGGGUGCCCCCGCGCUCCGGCUCCUCCGUCCUGAAGAUCAGCAUCUCCGACUCCAACGACAACAGCCCCGCGUUCGAGCAGCCCUCCUACGUGAUCCAGCUCCCGGAGGACGCCCCGGUGGGCACUUUGCUCCUGGACCUGAACGCCACCGACCCGGACGAGGGCGCCAACGGGAGGAUCGUGUACUCCUUCAGCAGCCACGUGGCCCCCCAGAUUGUCGAGACGUUCCGGAUCGACCCCGAGAGGGGCCACCUGACGCUGUUCAAGCCCGUGGAUUAUGAGACCACCAAGUCCUAUGAGAUUGACGUGCAGGCUCAGGACUUGGGGCCCAACUCCAUCCCGGCUCACUGCAAGAUCAUCAUCAAGGUGGUGGACGUGAACGACAACAAGCCCGAGAUUAACAUCAACCUCAUGUCCCCCGAGAAGGAGGAGAUUUCUUACAUUUUUGAAGGGGAUCCUGUUGAUACUUUUGUGGCCUUGGUCAGGGUCCAGGACAAGGAUUCCGGGCUGAAUGGAGAAAUCGUCUGUAAGCUCCAUGGACACGGCCAUUUCAAACUUCAGAAGACUUAUGAAAACAAUUAUUUGAUCCUGACCAAUGCCACCCUGGAUAGGGAGAAGCGGUCUGAGUACAGUUUGACUGUCAUCGCGGAGGACAAGGGGACCCCCAGCCUCUCCACGGUCAAACAUUUCACUGUGCAAAUCAAUGAUGUGAAUGACAAUCCGCCCCACUUCCAGAGAAGCCGGUACGAGUUGGCCAUCUCAGAGAACAACUCGCCAGGGGCGUACAUCACCACCGUGACGGCCACCGACCCCGAUCUUGGGGAAAAUGGGCAAGUCACCUACACCAUCCUCGAGAGUUUCAUCCUGGGCAGUUCCAUCACGACCUACGUCACCAUCGACCCAUCCAACGGGGCCAUUUAUGCCCUCAGGAUUUUUGAUCAUGAAGAAGUGAGUCAGAUCACGUUUGUGGUGGAAGCCAGAGACGGAGGCCGUCCCAAGCAACUGGUGAGCAAUGCCACCGUCGUGCUCACCAUCAUCGACGAAAAUGACAACGUCCCUGUGGUCAUCGCCCCCGCCCUGAGGAACAACACGGCUGACAUCGCCAUCCCCAAAGGGGCGGAAGGUGGCUUCCACAUCACCCGGAUUAGGGCGAUUGACAGAGACUCCGGUGUGAAUGCGGAACUCAGCUGUUCCAUAGUGGCAGGUAACGAGGAGAAUAUCUUUGUCAUUGACCCCCGGUCAUGUGACAUCCACACCAACGUGAGCAUGGAGUCUGUCCCCUACACAGAGUGGGAGCUCUCCGUUGUCAUCCAGGACAAAGGCAGCCCUCAGCUCCACACCAAGGUCCUUCUCAAGUGCGUGACCUUUGACUACACGGAGUCAGUGACAAGUACGGCCAUGACCUCUGUGAGCCCAGCCUCCUUGGACGUCUCCAUGAUCAUCAUUAUUUCCUUGGGGGCCAUCUGUGCCGUGCUGCUGGUUAUCAUGGUGCUGUUUGCCACUAGGUGUAACCGAGAAAAGAAGGACACCAGAUCCUAUAACUGCAGGGUGGCGGAAUCAACUUACCAGCACCACCCAAAGAGGCCAUCCAGGCAGAUUCAUAAAGGGGACAUCACUUUGGUGCCUACCAUCAAUGGGACUCUGCCCAUCCGUUCCCAUCACAGAUCUUCUCCGUCUUCAUCUCCUACCUUAGAGAGAGGACAGAUGGGCAGCCGACAGAGUCACAACAGUCACCAGUCACUCAACAGUUUGGUGACAAUCUCCUCAAACCACGUGGCAGAGAACUUCUCACUGGAACUCACCCAUGCCACUCCUGCAGUUGAGGUGUCCCAGCUUCUGUCCAUGCUUCACCAGGGUCAGUAUCAGCCAAGGCCAAGUUUUCGAGGAAACAAAUACUCCAGGAGCUAUAGAUAUGCCCUCCAAGACAUGGACAAAUUUAGCCUGAAAGACAGUGGCCGAGGUGAUAGUGAAGCAGGUGACAGUGACUAUGACCUGGGGCGUGAUUCUCCAAUAGACAGGCUGCUGGGGGAAGGAUUCAGCGACCUGUUUCUUACAGAUGGAAGAAUUCCAGCAGCCAUGCGCCUGUGCACGGAGGAGUGCCGGGUGCUGGGCCACUCGGACCAGUGCUGGAUGCCGCCGCUGCCGUCGCCGUCCUCCGACUACCGCAGCAACAUGUUCAUCCCGGGCGAGGAGUUCCCGGCGCAGCCCCUGCAGCAGCCCCCACCGCCGCAUGCCCCGGCCGGACCCUGCGCGGGGCUGGACGAGGACGGGCCGGGCAGUGGCGAGGGCGAGAAGAAGAAGAGCUUCUCCACCUUCGGCAAGGACGCGCCGGGCCCGGAGCCCAACGAGGGCGCGUCGCUGCUGUCCGAGAUGAGCAGCGUGUUCCAGCGCCUGCUGCCGCCCGCGCCCGACGCCCCCAUCCCCAUCCCGGGCCCCGGGGGUCCUCCCGGGCCCGGGCCUGGUCCCGGUCCCGGCCCCGGCCCCGGCCCCGACGCCGAGCCCCGGGACGCGGGCGGCUCCCUGGAGCGCCGCAAGGGCCCGCUGCCCCCCAAGGCCCCCAGCUACCCCGCGGGCGUGGCCGCCUGGGCCGCGGGCACCCACUUCCAGAACCCCGCGGGGGGUCCCAGCGUGCAGCCCGCCGCCAAGUGGCUCCCGGCCAUGGAGGAGAUCCCCGAGAACUACGAGGAGGACGACUUCGACAACGUGCUGGGCCACCUGGCCGACGGCAAGCACGAACUCCUGGACGCCAGCGAGCUGGUGGCCGAGAUCAACAAGCUCCUGCAGGACGUGCGCCAGAGCUAGGGGCCUCCCCGGGCAUCCUCGGGG